UGAGAGUGCUGCUGUUCCGCGCCCGGCAGCACGGGGCGUGGGUCAGGUCUCUCCCUGCUGCGCACUAAAGCGCGUCUGUAGCGUGUAGGCUACAGUGAGGAGAAUCAGCGCGCAACUGUCAACGCGAGUUCGCUCAGCCAUCUCCCGCUAAACUGAAAUGGGGGUCGAAAAGGAGAGAUCGGACACGAGUAUAAUGAUGGACGAAGACGAGUUCAACAGGUCGAUAGAGCCAAUGCUAUCCAAGAAAGGGAAGAUCUACGUGGAGGAGCCGGACCGAGAUCCAAACGACAUAAACGCGCACUUGAAGGUUGGCUUUGACGAUGUGAUCGCAGAGCCGCGCUCCACGCAGAGCUUCGACCGGGUCUGGAUAGGAAGCCACGCUGUGUUCGAGCUCGCCAAAUACGUCUUCUACCGCCUACUGAGCACCCUGCUGGCUAUCCCCAUGGCCUUCCUGCUGGGACUCGUCUUCGGGGUUAUCAGCUGUAUUCACAUAUGGGUUGCCAUGCCGCUGAUCCAGAGCUUCCUCAUGCUGCUGCCAUCCGCCCGGGUGGUUUGGAGGAGUCUGGUGGACAUGUUUGUGUCUCCACUCUGCAACAGCAUGGGCAAGAGCCUGUCCUCAGUGCACGUUGAGACAACAUAUAACUGAACCCCCCCCCCCCCCUCCCCUUUCCUCCUCUUCCUCCUCCUCCUCCUCCUCCUCCUUCCGGACCCGACUCAGAACUGGCCCCAGCAGGGGACGGGUUAACGUGGUGUCUGGGCUGUGUUUGAGUCUAUGAGCUGUUUGUAAUGUGCAGCCAGCUAAGUCGUAGCAUGAAGGAUCUAUUCCAUCCCUGAGGAAGGGAGAUACGUUUGCGAAAUAUUUACGUUGCUUUCCUUAUAUGCCCAAUUGCCCAUUAUGACUUUUUGCAGCAUAAUCCACUACUUCCUUUAAAUCCCCUUUCGACAUUUUGGUCAAGAAACAACAAUGAUAUCAUGAGUAUUUUUGGUUAAGACAGAUAACAGUAUGUCAAUACAAGUUAUCAACUCCCCAAGAUUGCCAGUGAUUUUACCUUCUGUGACCAAAAAGUAAAUUCCAGUCAUUCCAUGAGUCGGUGACUUUACAGAGGGGGUUUGGGUGUCGGACUACAGAGUACGGAAGGACAGAGUUCUGCUGUUAGGGAAUCUGAACUGAAGUUCAGUGAAACUGUUAGACAAGAGAGAUUUUAUUUGUACAUGCUGAUCUUGCUUCUGACUUAAAGGAACUAUUGUGCACAUUCUGCAGCUUUUACCGAGAGGUGAAGUGGCUUUAGAGUAGCAUGCUGAAUUCUAGAUGCUAAAAUGCAGCUUUUUUGCACACACAUUUACAGGCUUAUUUUAUGAUCAAUGAUUGUUGGGUGCUGAUGUCACAGUCCGUUGAAAGUGUAAUGGGGCAUUUGAGUUUGAGACAAGGUUACCCUAAAGGUAAAAGAUUUAAAUAUUUCUUAAGAUUUUAUGAAUUUUGUUGAAUGACAUCUAAAGUUUUGAGUUCAUCAGGAUAUUGACUCUUCCUUAAACAUGGCCUUCUAAUUUAUUAUUUUCUACAAACACUACCAAGUCUUAAUUUACCGUAAAGAUUUUAAAAGUACCUAUGGUCUCUAGAUAAUGUGUGUAACUACAGCUUUUUGUAUUUUCUAUGUAACUUGUGUGAUACUGAGCAUCCAGGUACAUUGCGGAUGUUUGCAUUGUGCCGCUUGCUUAUGUAGCUUAUCUGCAGGUAAAGACCAUUCAACAGUCAUCACACAGUGGAAUUAAAACGCUUCCUCCAUGUCGAAGACUAUAUGAGUUGCGUCAGGUAUUUGGAGUUUGUUGUAAUGCAACCCAAGUCUUCCUAUCAGCUGCCACGUGGCACACUUCAAAGAGUGCCUUAGAGUGAUGUUGAUGAUGAUAGAGACACAACAAGUCACAUGUGACAGACCCAGAGGGCUUCCACAUCUCAGACAUGCCUCUUGGACCACUGCCGAGACGUGUGUGUGUGUGUGUGUGUGUGUGUGUGUGUGUGUGUGUGUGUGUGUGUGUGUGUGUGUGUGUGUGUGUGUGUGUGUGUGUGUGUGUGUGUGUGUGUGUGUGUGUGUGUGUGUGUGGAAAACCUUCAAACCCUUCACUCCAAUAUUGUCCAAUCUCUCCACAGCAGUGGGUUCAGCUCAUGUAUAAUGUCCGGUGCAUCAUUUUGAGAAUGCAUUUAUUGAAGAACCAAUCCUCAAUAAGCCGAGGGGAGGGUGGUUCCCCCUGACCAAGUGUCUUCCUCCUCAUUGGACAAACUCAAUAUGUCCUGACCGAAAUAAAUAUUUGUACCAUCA